GGUGCGGUGAGUGAGGUGAGUCUUUCCCCGCAAAGCCCGCACCCAUGGAGCUUUCCUACCAGACGCUGAAGACCACCCACCAGGCUAAGGAGGCGGAAGUCGCAGUACUUGUCAGGGAGGCUGAGGUUCUGGCCUGGAGCCGCUCCUGUCUGGCUAGCCCCCACUUUCCAGGGUUUCGCUUCUGAUGGUCUCCUCCUGUUCUGGGGCCCUGGGUGCAGUUCAGUUGGGGGACGAGAUGCGGACAGAAGCUCGUAGAAAAAAUCUUCUCAUUCUAAUUUUGCAUUAUUUAACAGAGGAAGGGUAUGUUGAUGCUGCAAAUGCUUUGGAACAAGAAACCAAAUUAGCUUUACGCCGCUUUGAAGUUUGUGACAACGUUGAUCUUGAGACUAUUUUGAUGGAAUAUGAAAGCUAUUACUAUGUAAAAUUCCAGAGAUACCCUAAAAUUACCAAAAAGGCCCUAGACACUGCAGAAAAUAAACAGCAACCAAGAAAUGGAGGAAAACCAAGAAGGACGGCAAGUAGCUCUUCUCAUAAUCUUCCUAGGAUCAACCAGCAUCAAACUAUGCAGCGGCCAUUAUCAAAAACCUCAUCUGGGAGGACAACAGAGCCUAAACCAUCUAGCAAGGACAGCCCCAAACAGGAGAAUGACAAUACAGUUACUCAGGAGCGAGCUGAUUUUGGUUUAAAUGUGUCUGCAAUCAACAGAGGUGGUGGAGGAGAAAGCACUCACCCAAGAAGGGGCCAAAUAAUUGACUUCCGUGGGAUGAUCCAAGAUGCUAUCAAAGGAGCAUCAAAUGAAAUAGCCUCAAACAGCCUUAACUGUGAUCCAGAUCCUUCAGAACGAUUGUUGAAACCUCUGAGUGCUUUUAUUGGCAUGAGUGGUGAGAUGAGAGAACUUGCAACGGUUGUAAGCAGAGACAUUUAUCUUCAUAAUCCAAACAUAAAGUGGGAUGACAUUAUUGGACUUGAUGCAGCCAAGCGGUUAGUCAAGGAAGCAGUGGUGUAUCCUAUAAGGUAUCCACAGCUGUUUACCGGGAUUCUCUCCCCUUGGAAAGGAUUAUUAUUAUAUGGACCUCCAGGUACUGGAAAGACUCUGCUUGCUAAGGCUGUUGCUACUGAAUGCAAUACAACUUUCUUCAACAUUUCAGCAUCCACUAUUGUCAGCAAAUGGAGGGGUGAUUCAGAAAAACUUGUCCGGGUGUUAUUCGAACUUGCCCGAUAUCAUGCUCCCUCCACAAUUUUCUUGGACGAGCUGGAGUCAGUAAUGAGUCAGAGAGGCAAUCAUCCUGGCGGUGAACACGAAGGAAGUCGGCGGAUGAAAACAGAAUUAUUGGUGCAGAUGGAUGGCUUGGCCCGAUCAGAUGAUCUUGUAUUUGUUUUAGCAGCUUCCAAUCUGCCAUGGGAAUUAGAUUAUGCCAUGUUGCGACGGCUGGAGAAGAGGAUUUUGGUUGACCUCCCAAAUAAAGAGGCACGACAGGCUAUGAUUCAGCACUGGCUACCCCCUGUGAGCAACAGUAGAGGAGUGGAGCUGAGAACAGAGCUGGAGUACAGCUUGCUAGGUCAGGUGAGAAGACAGCGAAGUGGAUGCAGUUCACCACUGGUAACUCAGACUCCUGAAGUCUUUCAGCAAGGGAACUGUGGGAAUGUGGAGACAGAAGGAUACUCUGGCUCUGACGUUAAAUUGGUCUGCAAGGAAGCAGCUAUGCGGCCAGUGAGGAAAAUCUUCAAUGCUCUUGAAAAUCAUCAGCCAGGUAGCAGUAAUUUACCCGAACUCCGACUGGACACGGUCACCACAGCAGAUUUCCUGGAUGUGAUCGCUCACACCAAGCCCUCAGCAAAGAAUUUAAGUCAGAAGUACACAGCCUGGCAGAGAGAUUUUGAAUCUGUUUGAAAUAGCUUUAGACUUUGAAAUCAAAGAUACCCACUAUCCAAAACGGCAUCUGUGAUUGGGGUUCAGCUACAGAUAGAGGGACUGAACUAUGAUGGAAAAGGAAUUAUUAUUUUUUUUUCUUCAGAAAACUGAAUAAGAGAAUCUGUACUUCAAAAUCUGCAAGGUGCAUUUUUAAUUUACCAUGUUCAAUGAUAAUUAGAAAUUGGUAUUCUUUAUGGAAAAUUAAUGUCUACAGUGAAUAUGCAAUGAAGAUUCUAGCACUAAUUUUAUGCAUAAAACCUUAUAAAUUGA